CUAUGGCGUUCUCCACAGCCUCCGGUUCAGGACUGACGACCGGCCUGACCAAUGGGAGCAGCGUCUGGGCCAGCGGGGGCGGGCUCUCUGUAAAAGGACUCCAAGGUGGCGGUGGCGAAGACGCAGGCGGUUGGGGCGGCUCGGAGGCAGGGGACUAUGAAAGGCUUAUAUUUUCAAAAGAGUUCUACAAAUGAAGAAAUAACAUUUGUAUUUCAAGAAAAGGAAAAUCUUCCUGUUACAGAGGAUAACUAUGUGAAACUUCAGGUUAAAGCUUGUGCUCUGAGCCAGAUAAAUACAAAGCUUCUAGCAGAAAUGAAGAUGGAAAAAGAGUUCUUUCCUGUUGGGAGAGAAAUUGCUGGAAUUGUGUUAGAUGUUGGAAACAAGGUAUCAUUCUUUCAACCAGAUGAUGAAGUCGUUGGAAUUCUGCCACUAGAUUCUGAAGACCCCGGGCUUUGUGAAGUUGUUAGAGUGCAUGAGCAUUACUUGGUUCACAAGCCAGAAAAAGUUACAUGGACAGAAGCUGCUGGAACUAUUCGGGAUGGAGUACGAGCCUAUACAGCUCUGCAUUAUCUUUCUCACCUCUCUUCUGGAAAAUCAGUGCUGAUAAUGGAUGGAGCAAGUGCACUCGGUAUGAUAGCUAUUCAGUUAGCACACCACAGAGGAGCCAAAGUGAUUUCCACAGCAGGCAGCCUCGAAGACAAGCAAUGCCUUGAAAGACUUAGGCCUUCUCUAGCCCGAGUCAUUGAUGUAUCUAAUGGAAAAGCCCAUGUUGCUGAAAGUUGUUUAGAAGAAACAGGUGGCCUGGGAGUAGAUAUUGUCCUAGACGCUGGAGUGAGAUUAUAUAGUAAAGAUGAUGAACCAGCUGUAAAAUUACAACUCCUACCACAUAAACAUGAUAUCAUCACACUUCUUGGUGUUGGAGGCCAUUGGGUAACAACAGAAGAAAACCUGCAGUUGGAUCCUCCAGAUAGCCACUGCCUUUUCCUCAAGGGAGCAACGGUGUCUUUCCUGAAUGAUGAAGUUUGGAAUUUGUCAAAUGUACAACAGGGAAAAUAUCUUUGUAUCUUAAAGGAUGUGAUGGAGAAGUUGUCAAGUGGUGUUUUUAGGCCUCAGUUGGAUGAACCCAUUCCGCUGUAUGAGGCGAAAGUUUCCAUGGAAGUUAUUCAGAAACAACAAGGAAGAAAAAAACUAGUUGUUCAAUUUUAAUUUUGUUCUUUCUCAGACGUCGGUUGGAUAAACCCCUUCCAGUACUUGAAGCCAGAAUUUCCUUGGAAAUUGUUCAGAAAAGUCAAGGAAGAUAAAAGCAAGUUGUUCAGUUUCCCUGCUGUGAGUCAAGAUGCUCAAAGUUAUUUGAAAUUUUUGAGAAAUAUUUAAAAAAUUACAGAAACGGUCAAGACAAGUCUAUAAUUAACAUCCGGGAAUAUUCUGAAGUCCUUUUUGGUUGUUUCCAUACAUUUGCCUCUAUUAUAAAAUUCUUUCCACGAAGAAACUACUUCCGGGAAAAGCCACGCUACUCUGUUGAUAAAGUUGUUAAGUCUUCUGGUAUGUCAAAAUAACGUUAUUACUUUUGUAUCAACCCCGCUCUAAAUACCUUCCUUAAGCCUU